AUGACACUGGCUCAGUCCUUGCGCCUGGUCCACAGCUGUGGUCUGGACCUCACUGAGCGAUUCCCAAACUGCGGCUCCAACACGGCAGGACCAGACCUGCUGGGGGUGGGGUGGGGUGGGGGUGGGGGUGGGGGGGGGGGGGGGGGGGCAGAGCUCGGCCGUGGCACCCUGGUACCCGUGGGCCUGCACCCCGGCUCCGGCUGUCGCUCGUGGGCCCUGGAGCUGAGGCGAGGGGGGGAUUACCGUGGAUGUAGCGGCUAA